AUGGGGAUCAGAAAAGAACUGUCAAAAAUCCUGCGUAACAAGGUUAUGGAACUUUAUAAAGAUGGAAAAGGACAUAAAAAGAUGUCCAAAGCCUUGAAUAUGCCAGUCAUCACUUCCAUUAAGAAGCAGAAAAUUCAGGGACUUCCUGAUACCAAACCAAGUACAGGUAGACCAAGAAAGAUCGCAGCCACAACUGCCAGAAGAAUUGUUCGGGAUACAAAGGGAAACCCAUAGGUAACCAGAAGAAAAAUACAGGUUGCUCUGGAAAAAAAGACAGUGUGGUUGUUUUGAAGGAGCACAAUAUGAUGACACUUGAACAAAAAUGA